ACACGACCUCACCGUUAUAAUAACAAACAAAAAUUCCCUCCACGCUCACUCUCACACUCAACAAACUCUCUCUGCAAAAUCAAGAAAAUAACCAUUUUCUCUCUCUAAAACUCUCUCUCUACAAAUCAAGAAACGCUAGCAAUGACGACGGCGCAACUAAUGCCGCUAAACCUACCACACGGCGGUGAUCAUCACCAUCAUCAUCCGGGACAAACAAUGCCGUCUCUCUACGUCGGUGAUUUAGACCCCCAAGUCACUGAAAUUGACCUCAGGAACGUGUUUUCUUCAGUAGGCCCCGUUCUUUCUCUUCGUCUUUGCCGCUGCAAAUUCACCGGAAGGUCUCUGUGUUACGCUUACGUGAACUACUACUCGUUUUCUCAAGCAUAUAAAGCACUGGAAACCCUAAAUCAUGCAUAUUUGAAGGGAAAAGCUAUGAGGUUAAUGUGGAGUCAAAGAAACCCUUUUGCUAGAAAGCGUGACAUUGGGAAUCUGUAUGUGAAGAAUCUUGACACUUCGGUUGACAGUGCUGGCUUGCACAGGCUGUUUUCCAAGUAUGGAAAUGUACUUUCUUGCAAGAUUGUUGAAGAAAAUGGCAAGAGCAAGGGUUUUGGAUUUGUCCAAUUUGAUUCUGAGGACUCUGCUUUGACUGCUAGGACUGCUCUCCAUGAUACUGUUCUCAAAGAAAAGAAAUUGUAUGUUUCCAGGUUUGUCAGGAAAACUGAAAGGACAGUGGCCACAUCUUGUGAAGAAAUUAAGUUUACAAAUCUUUAUGUUAAAGAUCUGCCUGACAAUAUGACACCGGAAGCGUUUCAAGCCAUGUUCUCUGCAUUUGGGGAGGUUACUAGUGCUGUCAUCAUGAAAAAUCAUAAUGGAAAAUCUAGAGGUUUUGGAUUUGUCAGCUUUAAAUCAUCAGAAGCUGCUAAGAAAGCUGUUGAUACUCUGAAUGGUACUCAACUAGGUUCCAGAACUUUAUUUGUGGGAAGGGCCCAGAAGAAAGCUGAGAGAACAAAGAUAUUACAGUAUCAGUACAGGGACAAGCUCAUGAAUAAUAUGAAGAAUUUAGAAGCUUCGAAUCUGUACGUGAACAAUCUUGCUGCAUGUGUCGAUGAUAAGAAACUAAAAGAAUUUUUCCGAAUCUGGGGACAUAUUAUUUCAGCAAAAGUGAUGCGCUAUGACAGCGGUGCAAGUAGGGGAUUUGGCUUUGUCCGUUUUUCAAGUCCUAAAGAAGCAAUGGAAGCUCUGCAAAUGCUGAAUGGAACCAUGUUUUUCGGGAAGGCUCUCUAUGUGGCCGUAGCUCUGAACAAAAAAGAUCGGCUACUGGAGCAGCAGAAAAACUUGUCACAGUUCCAACCUCAGGCACCAUAUAUGUUUGACAGCAGUGUUUUUCAACCUCCAAUCAGCUCAUAUUAUCACAGUUUCUAUCCUUAUCUCCAGCAAGUCCCUUACCAGAACCAGACAUUCUCAUAUCACAAUUUGGGUGCAAACAUAUCGUAUGAGUAUCCUUAUGCAGCUCGAAGUUACAAUCAGUAUUACUCAACAUAUAUCCCAAUGGCGGAAAUGCCUCACGGCUUUCAGAAUCCUGCGGACGGGUCCUGCCCACAGCCUUCUCUAAAUUCUGGGACUCAAUUACUCAGUUAUAAGAGAAAACAGAACAGUAUUGGUGGGGCUGCAGGAAAUAGUCUGAAAAAGUUGGUUGAUACUGCAAAAUCAUCUGGCAAAUCCAACAAAGUCCGCAGGAAUCUUCUUUACCCCCAUACCGAGAAUUCUCAGUCUGGUUUGUCAGGAAAUUUGGCGGCGCUGAUAGCAGAGAUGAGCAACUCUAUCCCCCCAAAUCUAUUGGGAUUACAAGCUGACAGGGCUGCUCAAGUGCUGAAAGAGGUCAACAGGUUGAAGAGUCCAGAAGCGGAUGAUGCAGCUUUGCCGAAGACAGGUGGCCACUACUUGAAUAACUAGACAGGGCCAUUUCCAGUUUCUAACAUGCUUACACUAGUUCCUGUUAAAUCUAGAUGUUUUUGCUCUAAUGACCUGACUUAAGAACUUGUGCAGAAAAACAAUCUUAGCUGUAGCAUUUCUUUUCAAUAGAAAUCACUGUAAGCCCCUACAAGAAUAUAACAGAGCUGUUUUUUCAUAUCAGAAAUGUGAAUUUUAUGCUUUCCACGCUGCAAUUUU